AUGUCGACCCCGUCAAUAGCCACCCAGACCUUACCCGCACAUCAUUCACAAUACUCGUACACCCAUCAAAAUCCCUACUCUGCCUCGACUCACUCAUACCCCACUCACAACACUCUGCCUGCGCCCCCAAGGUUGGCACCCAACUACACAGCUUACCCGACACUGAGCCACUACUCGCGUCCACCCGUUUCCCCAGUCUCAUACAAACAGCCAUCGCACGCUUCGUCAAUUGCACCAUCCCAGUCCGCUUCAGACAUGACUUCCUCACGACGAAAACAACCCGACUGGAACGAGUUCUACAAAAAUGGUGUUCCUAAAGAGAUCAUAGUCAUCGACGACGAUGAUUCUACCGAAGAUCAGCAGCCUGUCAGAACAGAGACUGGGCCGAGACAAGACCAGGGCUCAUUCUCCUCUUAUAACGGACGCAAAAGGAAGGUAGAUCAGGGUUACGAGGUCGAGUACAACGACAGUCCCACCUACUCUACGCAUCCAGCAAAGUUUGGUGGCUCCUCAUCUUCGGCUUCAUAUCAUUCUGGAGAUCGAACUGCGUCCCUACAAACGAUCACAGCGCCUACAUCGCUCGAGUCCUACGGUAGCAACGCCGCCAGCAAUUCGUAUGAAGAUGUUAGAGUCGGGCAAAAGCGCAAGCGUGUACAACCUGAACGAACUCAGUCGAGAAAGAAGAAGCAGGAGUCGGUUCCGGAUGCCUUUGCCGACUACAUUCCUCCGUCCAAACCGGUCAAGAAGUCGGCAGAGGUUCCGGUCCCUGUCAUCCGAGACACCAUUUCCAAGCACCAAAAAGUCGACGACGACGACGGCCACUACAUUGUGCAGCCAAAUUCUGUUAUGACGGAACGAUAUGAUAUCAUUAAACUCCUUGGUCAAGGCACCUUUGGUAAGGUUGUGGAAGCUUACGACAAAAGAAAGAAGACAAAAUGCGCGGUGAAGAUCAUUCGAUCCGUGCAGAAGUACCGAGAUGCCUCGAGGAUAGAACUCCGAGUUCUCUCGACCCUGAAGCUUAACGACACCAGCAACCGCAACAAGUGCAUACAUCUGCGCGACUCAUUUGACUUCCGGAACCACAUCUGCAUUGUGACAGACCUGCUUGGACAAAGCGUCUUCGAUUUUCUGAAGGGUAACGGCUUCGUGCCCUUCCCAAGUUCGCAGAUCCAGAACUUUGCUCGCCAGCUAUUCACCAGCGUCGCCUUUCUGCACGAUCUCAACCUGAUCCAUACAGACUUGAAACCCGAGAACAUACUUCUAGUCCAUAACGCUUACCAAACUUUCACCUACAAUCGAACUAUCCCAUCAUCGUCCACCACUACCUCCCGAACAGCUCGACAACGGCGAGUACUUCUCGACAGUGAGAUUCGCCUCAUCGACUUCGGCUCGGCUACUUUUGACGACGAGUAUCACUCUUCCGUUGUUUCGACACGCCACUACCGCGCUCCCGAAAUCAUUCUUAACCUUGGCUGGUCUUUCCCCUGCGAUAUUUGGAGCAUAGGGUGCAUCCUAGUCGAAUUCUUCACAGGUGAUGCUCUCUUCCAAACACACGAUAACCUCGAGCAUCUCGCCAUGAUGGAGCCAGUUUGCGGUAGCAAGAUCGACACCAAACUUGUCAAAGCUGUGUGCUCCGGCGGCAGAGGCGCCAAUGCCAACUCAGCUGCAAAGUUCUUCACCAAGCAGAAAUUGGACUACCCCAACAACGAGACCAGCAAGGCCAGCAAGAAAUAUGUCAAAGCCAUGAAACAACUUCACGAAUUCAUACCAUCCAAUACCGCCUUCAACAAACAGUUCCUCGAUCUGCUCCGGAAGGUUUUCGUCUACGAUCCCAAGCAACGCAUCACGGCUAAGCAGGCGCUGAAGCAUCCGUGGUUCAAAGAGAGCCUGGUCGACGAUGGCACUGAGGCAAUCAGAAUCAGGGAAGAGAGAGCGGCAGAACAACGGCUUGCAAACCUCGCCAACGGCAGGGGCAACGGUGAGCCAGAAGCUAAGAGAAUCCGGGCUUGA